AUGACGGAAUACUGGUGUGUUGAGUGUGCGUUCCACGACCCACACAACUCGGCCACUCGUCGCGUCGAACACCAAUUGCGCACCUACAGAGACCUCAAGCCUCUUCCCAAGGUACCCCCGCCGGGAGAGGACGCGCUGCCCAGCCCGCCGCCCGAAAGGAAGGCACCCCGGCAGAUUUACGCGGACCCAGGGAGCGCUGCGUACGCGUACCCGCCUCGAAUGGCGGAGCAGGGCAUGUCGCCCCGUUAUGUUCCUCUGCGGCCAUACCCGUAUCCCAGCACGCCGCGUAGUGGAGGAUACCUGGAUUACCACCCUCUCCACUACGUGCCCCUCCAUCCGUACCAGGAAGUGGAUGCGCCCAUGCGGCCACCUUGGGGGUUGGUGAGCCCGCCCAUCUAUGCGGUCCCUGGUGGCACCCCUGCUGCGUUUUAUGCGUCUCCUCGCUCUGCAGCGUAUGCGUCUCCUCGUUCUGCAGGUUAUCUGUCGCCGCCACGCUCUGAUCCACAUUCGUCGCCACGGUCUGCUGCCUACGCGUCUCCGCGUUCGGCUGCAUACCUAUCGCCUCGUUCGGCUGCGUACCUAUCACCUCGUUCGGCCACACACACGUCGCCUCGUUCAACAUCGCACCCGUCACCCCGUUCUGCAGCUCACGCGUCACCCCGUUCCCCUGAGGUGGACGCGGCGCCUUCUUCCGCUCGCUCCACUCGACGUCCGCGACCCGCGCAGUCGCAUAGUUACGCAAGCAGAAGAUACUUCCAGGUUGUGCCCAUGGACGCCGACGAAGAAGAGGAGGAGGAACCCGAACGACUGCCCCAGGAGGUGCGCCCGCAAGUCUACGCGGCCGCUGGAGCCACCGACGCGUGCGCGCCCUAUGUCUGGCCAGAGGUGGACAUGGUUCCCGUCUCUCCUCAUUCUCGGCCUCCGGAGUCAGAGUGCACGCCUUUCCCACCAUAUUCGUGGUGCUGCGGGCGGUUCCUUGAGGUACCACCGGUUGAGCCUGUGGACUACGUCUUUCCAGCACGCUACCCGGAGAUCCAUGCUCCUUCGGACGACGUUCGACAGCCGCGCUCUGCUCCGCCCGAUGCACAAGGGCGGAGGGCGUCGCGUUCAUCCCUGGGAGCCAAGCUGAGCAAGCAGGUCGAGAAGACGACCCAGAAUUUCUUCGCCCGUACUGCUGAGGCUCCUACGCCAGGGGCGAUCCCCAGCAAGGCACACGUCAGGAAGGCCCCGCCUCCGCCCUUGCAACUCCGGGCGAGUAGGCACGACGUCCCGCGAGAUAUUCCGUCCGGAUGGGAUGCGCAAAGUUUUGAUGAAUGGAGUGCCGAGCCUGCUACUCCGAUAAGGACAUCUGCGCUGCGCGCACCUCCCAUGGCACAUCUUCGUUCUUGA